CCAUGCCUUCAAGACUAGCAGAUGUUUAUAGAGAUCAUUACCAUCUCCAUCAUCAUAACCACCUAGAUUUUGGAUCAGUACAUGAAGUACCCGAAUCACAUGCUUGGCCACCACUCGAUGACUACCCAUCCAGGGACUCAACUGAUGUAGACUCAGUUCCUGUUAUUGACUUAACAGACCCUGAAGCUGUGAAACUUGUGGGUCAUGCAUGCAUGACAUGGGGCGUUUUCCAAGUAACAAACCAUGGCAUCCCUAUUUAUCUUCUCAAGGCUGUCGAGUCUGAGAGCUGUCGCCUUUUUUCUCUUCCUCCAAAACAAAAACUCAAGGCAGCUCGUUUGCCGGAUGGAAUCUCUGGUUACGGCCUCGCAAGAAUCUCUUCCUUCUUCCCCAAACUCAUGUGGUCUGAAGGCUUCACCAUCGUCGAAUCCCCAACUGAACAUGCCCGACAGCUUUGGCCACAGGAUUACAGCAACUUCUGUGAUGUAAUGGAAGAAUACGAGAAAGAGAUGAAACAGCUUGCUGAGAGAUUGUUGUGGCUGAUGCUGGGAUCCUUGGGCAUAAACAAAGAAGAAAUCAAAUGGGGAGGUUAUAAAGGCGAUUUUGGUGAUGCCUGUGCUGCGUUACAAUUGAAUUCAUAUCCAGCAUGCCCAGAACCAAAUAGGGCCAUGGGUCUUGCUGCACACACAGACUCAACCCUUCUCACAGUCUUAUACCAAAACAACACAAGUGGUUUGCAGGUUCUCAGGGAUGGAACCUGCUGGGUGACAGUACCUCCUGUCACGGGUGGACUUGUUGUGAAUGUAGGUGACCUUCUUCACAUCCUCUCUAAUGGCCAUUAUCCAUCUGUUCUCCACCGUGCGGUUGUUAACUAUACCCACCACCGUCUCUCCAUAGCUUACCUCUAUGGACCACCAAUGAACGUUCAAAUCUCUCCCUUUUCAAAACUAGUCAACCCUAGCCAGCUUCCUCUCUAUCGUUCAGUGACAUGGACUGAGUACCUGCGAGCAAAGGCAAAACAUUUCAAUAAAGCACUAUCAUUAGUUCGCUUAUACACACCUCUAAAUGGAUUUGUCGACAUUAAUGAUAACAGUAGUGUGAAAGUUGUCUAG